AUGAACAAAUUUAACAAAUCUGAAGUUCUAGUACUUUUUGUCCUAGCUCUUCUCCUUGUGAUCACACCCUUGUUACCUUCCUCUCUUAGACCCACCUACCUUUAUUUCAUCUUCAAUGUCCUCAUCAUUGCACUUGGAGCUGAAGCUGGCCUUCUUUCAGCUUUCUCUAAGCCUUUGGAAGACAGAAAGCAACCACUCUCUGUGACCCAAAAACCUGUAAUGCCCCCAGAAGUGCAUGAACCUGAGGAAAGGAAAGUUUCCAACAUUACUGGGGGAAGUGAUACCUCAGAACAUAAAGAAAAAAAGGCUAAGGUUGUUGAAAAGUGUGCAUCUGAUGAGAAGAUUAUUGGUCUCACAAAAGUGGAUAAGGUGAAAAAGUGUCCUUCGAUGCCAAGUCUCUUGUGCAUAGGAGGUGGAGAAGGUGAAGUAGAAGUGAUGGAUGAAGAGUUUGAAGCAGAAGACGAGGUUGGAGGAGUUAAUGGGCAAGAGCUGUUUGCAAAAGCUGAGGCCUUCAUUGGGAACUUCUAUAAGCAGCUAAAGAUGCAGAGAGAGGAAACUUGGGUUUAUCAAGAAGCCUUUUAG